AUGCCCCCUCGUUCAGCCAACAACGCUCGUGCUGGCCUUCCGACUGCUGGCGCGCACGUCACCACUGUUGGCGUCAAACGCCCCGACUUCGGUACCAGCGGACAGCCGACUCCGAUUUUCGUGAAUUCCUUCGAAACAACCAUCCCCAACGCUACGAUUCACCAUUACGAUGGCAGGUCUCUCGUCAUCUCGCCUUCUGAAAAAACCUUGCCUGCCCGUAUGACUAUGGACCUCAUCCGUCGGCUCCAAUUCAAUGUCGCGCCUCAAAUUUUUACUCCUCGCGUUGUCUACGAUGGCCGCAAGAAUAUUUUCAGCAUUCGCAAGCUGCCUUUCGACACUGGAUCGCAGGAGUUUGAGGUCACGAUGGCGGAUGGAGCUGCCAACCCCACAAGCGGCAAAGGGCCCAAAGUUUAUAAGAUCAAGUUGACCCAUGUUGCGGAGAUCAAUCCAGAAGUCUUGCGUCGCUUUGUCGAGGGAGACGCAUCGCACGACAACGCCGUUCUCACUGCUAUCACUGCACUGAAUGUCGUUGUCCGCAUGCAGCCCUCGAUGGACUUUCCCUUUAAUGUCCGGUCCUUCUUCACCAACAAGGAGACCAAGGAUAUCGGUGCUGGUCUCGAGUUGUGGCGUGGUUACUUCCAAUCCGUUCGUCCUGGUGUUGGGAAAAUGCUGAUCAAUGUUGACAUUUCAACGGGGACAAUGUACAAGGCUGGGCCAUUGCAUGCGCUGUGCUGCGAGUAUGUCAACAAACCCAACCAACCUAAUGCUCUUUGUCCCAAACGCGGUUUUCCCGAUCGUGAACGGCUUCGCCUCCAGCGCUUCAUCUCUGGCAUUCGCAUUCUCACCACUCACAACGGACCAAACGGCGAAGUUCAAGCAGCGCCGCGUGUCGUUAAAAAACUUUCUACUGCGGGUGCGAAUGAUCUUUUCUUCACGGUCCGCGAGGGGGAGAAAAUGUCUGUCGCCCAAUAUUUCCAGCGGACCCAGAACAAAGCGCUGCAAUAUCCAGACGUCGUCUGUGUCGAAGUUGGCAACGGCGCUCUCAUUCCGUUGGAGCUCUGCACCGUGGCUCCCGGUCAAUUGAUGCGCAAGCAAGUUCCUCCAGAGAAGACCAAAGACGUGCUUGACUUUGCUACCAAACGACCAGCAGAUCGUCUUCGCAGCAUCAAAAAUGGCCUACAGCUGCUCGCCUACGGGCAAUCCGAGUAUGUGCGCCAAUUUGGAAUGAACGUCAACUCUUCUGCAGGACCUCUCAAUGUUCAAGCACGUGUUCUGAAGCCUCCAACGCUGCGUUACGGCCCAGGAUCUCGUCAACCAACCAUUACUCCUCGCGAUGGCGCAUGGAACAUGGUUGACAAGCGCUUCUUCAAACCUGUGGCGAUUGACCGUUGGGCUGUUGUGGUCUAUGAGCAGCAGCGUCGGUUCAAUGAGACUGCUGCGAACGACAUGAUUCAAGGUCUUGUCAACAGCUGUCGUGAUGUGGGGAUCAAGCUUGCCCCUACGCCAUUUAUUACUUGGGAAAAUGGUCAAGGUCGUAUCGCUGAUCAGCUCAAGGCAGCUGGUGCGGCGGUUGCCAAGAAGCUCAAGGCGGGCCCUAACCUGAUUGUCGUUGUGCUUCCUGAGGGAGGGAAUGACAUCUACACGGCUGUUAAGCACUUCGGUGACAUCACGAUGGGUGUUGCGACUCAAUGUCUCAAGUCGAGCAAGUGCUUCAGAGCCAAGCCCCAGUAUUAUGCCAACGUUUGCUUGAAGAUUAAUGUGAAGCUCGGUGGUAUCAACACGAUUCCGGAUGCCUCGUCGGUCUCCGUUCUGACGGAUCCUCAUAAUCCAACUAUUGUCAUGGCGGAUGUUAUUCACCCUGCUCCUGGCUCCGAUGGUCGUCCCUCUUUCACUGCUCUCAGUUCCCACGUCGGGCCUGAUGACUCUUCUCAAUUACGGAUUCCAGCAUCUCGCGUUCAGACUUCGCGCCAAGAGAUGAUAGAGGAGCUGGAGCCCAUGUGUCGCCAUAUCGUUACAAUGAACAUGCGGUACCGUGAGAUGGUCGAAAAGAAACCCGCCGGUUUAUUGGCACCAAAACGCAUUAUUUUCUUCCGCGAUGGUGUUUCUGAAGGGCAAUUCAAGCAAGUGCUAGAACAAGAGUUGCCACUCAUUAAAAAGGCUUGUGCGUCAGUUGGUGCCAACCCCAAGAUAACCGUCCUCGUCGUCGGCAAGCGUCACCAUGUCCGUUUCUUCCCUCAGAGUGAGCGUGAUGGGGACCGUAGUGGCAAUUGUCGCGCAGGAACCGUCGUGGACCGAGAAAUUUCUCAUCCAACCGAGUUCGACUUUUAUCUCCAGUCGCAUGGUGGCUUGCUUGGGACUAGUCGCCCCGCUCACUACUCGGUCCUCUAUGAUGAGAACAACUUCAGCGCCGAUGCUCUUCAGUCGCUUGCAUUCUCGCUUUGUCACGUCUACGCUCGUUCGACGCGUUCUGUCUCGAUCCCGGCCCCAGUUUAUUAUGCUGAUAUCGUGUGCUCACGUGCCAAAAAUCACUAUGAUCCGCAGGGCACUGUCGAUUUUUCAGACUCGCUUACGCAAGCAGACGACCAGCAGGUGGCCAACUCGCUCGAAGCAUUCAAGCGCAACUUCAAGCCUCUUCACCAGUCUCAGUCGACGCUCAUGUACUUCUCGUAA